UCAGUAAUGAAAACACCUCAGUAUUAUAAUUAAUUCGGAUAAGUGUCGGUCGAAGCUUAACUUGAAAAUUCGUUUUGAGUGCAGUUUACUGCUGCGUGUGUGUUGGUUGGGUAACCAUCUCGUCCGUCGAAUUUUUGGUUGUCCCGUCCCGCGCGGCGGAAUGUUGAUGAUGGUGCGUGAGUUUAUUGCGGUUUAGGUCAAGACUUACCUACUUUCAAAUUUCUCCGCGGUUAUUGGAACAUCUCCUCAUACUGGAAAUCCCACUCAAGAAGAAGAAUUCAGAAAUAAUUGAAACUCGAGGCCAAAGUCACAGGUAGCCAGAAAUGGAUCAAUCGACUCAAGUAAAUUUUCCAAUAGUAACAACUAAAUUCGACAAAAGAAAAAUAUGGAGACACAACACUUCUACCGAUUUAUAUACUUCAAUGCCCAACAGAGCUAUGUCAUCUUCUAAUUUAUGGGCUCCAGUAAAACCAUCUAGACCAAGAUCAUUAAACGUUACAUCAGAUACAAUCAAUCGAACGAAAAUAGCAUACGUAGAUAAUUCAAUGAGCUUACAGCCUCAUUCAUUAGAAACAUCUUUUGGAUCAAUAUCUCGGGAAAGGACACCACCUUUUUCAAGUAAUUCUAGCUUAACUUCCAAUGGACCAUCAAGUAUAGUUAAUGGUAUACCGUCUGCUUUUCCUACGAGUCCAUCUUCUGGAUUUGCGAGCAACCCGGCAUCUGCUGGUUAUACAUUAUACAAAUCAAGACCGAAGGUAAAAAUUAGAGAUGAUGACAGUACUGCCAGUGGACCCAAAACUUACUGUCGAUGCUACGACAUCGAACAUAGUAUGAACAACGAAAAAAGGCAAUUAGCAAACACAAGUGACGGUUUAUCAUGGAGGAGGUUACAUAUGUCUAGAGCAAAACUCAAAGCAACCGCCACCACUUCUGAAUUGUUAUCUGGAUUUGCCAUGAUAGCGAUGGUAGAACUUCAAAUAAAUACUCCAACCAAUGUUCCUGAAUGGUUAUUUGUAUUGUUUGCCGUAUGUACAACGGUAUUAGUAGCAGUCCAUAUAUUCGCUCUAAUGAUAUCGACGUACAUACUCCCAAAUAUAGAAGCCAUAGCGAAAUUAGAAGUGUGCGAAAUGGUCAAAGAAAGCCCCCACGAAAGAAUGAAGGGAUUUAUAGAAAUAGCAUGGGCUUUUUCUACGAUAUUAGGUUUGUUCCUGUUCCUAAUUGAAAUUGCAAUCCUGUGCUGGGUAAAGUUCUGGGAUUAUUCCUUUAUAGCUGCUGUUGCCGCAACAGUGAUUGUGAUUCCUGUUUUAAUAAUAUUCGUUCUUUUCGCUGCCCACUUUUAUCACUCUUUAGUUGUUUACAAAUGUAACACUUCAAAUAGUGAUAUGGAAACAUUAGAGAACAUUAAGAAACAAUUAGACCAAGUAACAAUCAGCAUGUGAUAUAGUGUAAGGUUUAAAUAUGAAAUGUACAUAAGAAUCAAACUUGUAAAUUGUAAUUUAUAUAUUGAUCAUUAUACUUCAGAUACAAUAU